UAUGUGUGAUGGUCGCUGAUUAUGUCUAAUACAAUCUCAGUAGGGCCAAUGGUACGUAAUAACAGCCCUAAGUUGGUGGCCGUCAGGUAACACAGAAUGGUGUCAUUCCGCACCCAAAUCCGAUCUGAUUAUUAGGGAUAGUCAAACAAUGGUUACAUGCCAGUAAGUUUAGCUUAUGAGAUUAAGCCUCCCGGAUCAGCCAUAUGAUGGAUAUCAUGAAGCUCUCACUGCUAGACUUAUACACUAAGUUAUCGGGAGACGCUUGAUAUCUGGGUAGAAUGACGCAAGUUGUCUUCGGAGUUCGGAGUAUUGAUUUCGACUUGGUUUAUGCGACGUCCAGUCUCUACGAAAGAAGUCGCACUGUUAACGUAUCGCUGACGACUUAAUUGAUUUCGGGUAUCUACUCGAAAAACGUCAGAGAUAUUCCCAGACGAGAGGUCGAUUAUAAAAACGACCUAUAAUAGGAAAAUGGGUACUUAUCUGCAACAUCUCGGCAUUCGAAGGAUGAAGCCGCGCUUAGCUCCGAUAAGUCCGCUAAACUCCUUCCGACUCCUACUCUUCUACCUAGGUACAUUUCGAGCUAUGUCAACAAUAACAUAUUUUAUUCUACCUAAUAUCAAACUGGCGAAUGUCGCUUCUUACGUAACAUAACAUAGAAUGGCUUUUGAAUUCGUUAAUAAUACUACCAUCGAUCGCAAUGCAAGAAGACUGAUCCGCAGUCACGCGGCCAAGGGCAAGAAUGUCGGGAAAACGCACCCGUCGCGGAGGAGGCGAGCUGCGAUGAAGGCUAAGACCACUAAACCUGACAAUAAAACGACCGAAUUAAUAUCCCGCCAUGAGUCUGCUGUCGUAUCUACGACGCAUUCACAACUUGAUUAUAGUCUGUUUGCUUACUCUUUACCGAUCGAGUUACCUCCUGGAUCCGGUACUCUCGUACAGAAAGUCUUCUCGUUCCUUAGUGGAGUCCCCUAUACGGAUGGGCUUGGGAAUGUGGUUGACUUUGCGCAAGCUGGGUCGAUAUGGAUAGAAUUUUUAUUCUUAGAUGAAGCAUACUUCCACUGUUCAAUCGCUAUGUGUCUUGCCGCCGUAGAUUCAUUGAUCGUGACACGAGAAGAAUCUGUGGAGGCGAUGCACCAUGUAUCAAGCAGCCUCCGCCUAGUGAAGGAGAGACUAUCUGGUGAAAAGGCGCUGGCGGAUACGACGAUGGCGACAGUAGUAGCAAUGAUACAGUAUGAACGUCUAUGUGGUCAAUAUUAUCAAGCACUGGUCCAUUUUGAGGGGCUUCAGGAGAUGGUUAGAUUGCGUGGUAGGAUCGCUCACCUCCGAAAGAGCAAGCCUGCCUUGGUUCAAAAGAUAUUCAGAGUCGAUCUUGAAUUGUCCUUAUAUCUGGGACCAUCUACACGAUUUAAGGCCGACGAAGUACCGGGCGCUACCGCCAUUGACUGGCUUCGCAAGGGAUUCGGAGAGCCUCAAAUACGCCAUUUACUCAAGUCAUAUCCUUUAACACAAUUGAAUCCCCAACUCCAAGAUGUUUUCAUAGAUAUUAUGAGUCUUGCCUGGUUCCUUAACGGAAAUGUCGGCGAUGGUACUAGGUUGGAUGGGUACACAUAUCAUAACAUCCUCAUCCUUAUCGGAUACCGACUUAUUCAUUUGAGAUCCUUAGAUGGCCCGCCACUAGCCGACCGCCUCGAAAAUGCUAUACAUAUAGGGUUAUUGAUGUUUAUGACGACUUUCUUGCUUUCCCUUAGCCACAAGCUCCCGAAUGUGCCAUUGCUCCGGGAAUUGGUACGUGCGCUUGUUCAAGAGGAAUUUGAUGAAGAUGCGGGGAGCGAGGAUGUGCUCCUGUGGGUUUUGUUCAUUGGAAAAAUCUCAAUUUUCAAAGGGAGGGAGGAUGCGUGGUUGGUUCAAAGAGCAUCACGCAUCAUGUCGACGCUAGAUCUCCGGAAUUGGGAUGAUGUGUGCCAAGUUAUUUCCAAGUUUCCUUUCGUCUGCUCUCUUCAUGGGAGUUCGGGGCAGUCAUUUUGGAAUCAAUUAAAUCACAUUUAAAUUGUGAAGGCUACUAUUGUCUAUUCCCAAUGAAGUCGCAUUCUAAUUCGAACCAAUUCCUUUAUCUAUAUCGAAAAUUAUUCGAACGAUCCUUGAGGGUUACCAGGCCUUUGUAAACCGAAUCAACGAGACCCCCCACGACAUCUUCGCACAUAAAUAUCUUAAUGUCGCAACACCCGAUCCAAACAGCCGGGCUCAAUCUUCUCCAGCUCAACUGCUAUAUCAUUCCAAAUUCUCUCCCCUAGUUUCCUGCCUUCUUCGCCUUUGACCCAUUCAGGAACUUGGUGUCUUGAGAUACUCGUUAGCAGCUGUCC